UUUGUACUUUGAGAGGAUUACAGUGCCUUAGUGGUCGUGACAAGUAUAAUGAUGAGAGUUAAUUUAAAGAAAAUAGUUUCACUAAAUCGAAUAAGCAGUUCUGAAAUAUCGUUUCUAGCACCAGGAGCACGAUCUCGAUCUUUAAAUGAUUUACAUAGAUCUUUUGCAAAUGGGACUGGCACCGCAGAAGUGGCGCCGGCGCCGGCGCAGCCCGUUGACACAUCUCUAGUGGAUUCUUUUGGUCGACGUCACAAUUAUCUUCGUAUUUCCUUAACCGAACGCUGUAAUUUAAGAUGCCAGUACUGCAUGCCGGCGGAGGGCGUGCCGCUGUCUCCGCGCAGCGCGCUGCUGUCGCGCGAGGAGCUGGUGCGGCUGGCGCGCGUGUUCGUGGCGGCCGGCGUGGACAAGGUGCGCCUCACCGGCGGAGAGCCGACGCUGCGCAAGGACCUCGCCGACAUCAUACGCGGGCUGCGCGAGGAGGCGGGCGUGCGCGCCGUGGCCAUGACCACGAACGGGCUGGUGCUGACGCGGCGCCUGCCCGCGCUGCAGCGCGCCGGCCUGUCCGCGCUCAACGUGUCGCUCGACUCGCUGCGCGCCGACCGCUACGAGCGCAUGGCGCGCCGCCCGGGGCUGGCGCGCGUGCUGGCCGGCGUGGACCUGGCGCUGCAGCUGGGGUACUCGCCCGUCAAGAUCAACGUCGUGCUCAUGAAAGGUUUCAACGACGACGAGAUAAGUGAUUUCGUGGAUUACACAAUAGACCGCGACGUAGAAGUGAGGUUCAUCGAGUUCAUGCCGUUCUCGGGCAAUCGCUGGGACGACUCGAAGCUGGUGCCGCACCGCGCGGCGCUGGCGGCGGCGGGCGCGCGCCACGCGCUGGCGCCGGCGGCGGCGCGGCCGCACGACACGGCGCGGCGCUGGCGCGUGCCGGGCGCGCGCGGACAUGUCGGCUUCAUCUCCUCCAUGACGCAGCACUUCUGCGACUCCUGCAACCGCCUGCGCCUCACCGCCGACGGGAACCUCAAGGUGUGCCUGUUCGGCGCGGCGGAGGUGUCGCUGCGCGACGCGAUGCGCGGCGGCGCGACGGACGAGGCGCUGACGGCGCUAGUGCGCGCCGCGCUGCGCAACAAGAAGGCGCGCCAUGCCGGCAUGGAGAACCUGGCCCGCAUGGAGAACCGUCCGAUGAUCCUCAUCGGCGGCUAGCGCGCCUAGUGCGGCCCGCUACCGGCCCGCGUCCGGCCCGCGCGCCGCGCUGCUCAGUGAUGUGGAACGUUCACAGCGCGGCCUGCGGAGCCGCGCGUCUGGCCGCUGGCGCCGCGCGUCCCGUGGGCGCCGGCAGCGCUCGGUCGCCGCGCGUGGGCCCCGGCGGGCGCCCGCGCCUACAGCUCGUGCGGGCCCGAGGACGACGCCGGCGCCUUCUCGCACCUGGACGGCAGCGGGCGCGCGCGCAUGGUGGACGUGGGCGCCAAGCCGGUGACGGCGCGCGCCGCCGCGGCCGAGUGCGAGCUGCGCGUGGGCGGCCGCCUGCUGCGCCUGCUGCGCGACGCGCGCCUGCCCAAGGGCGACGCGCUCACCGUGGCGCAGCUGGCGGGCGCGCUGGGCGCCAAGCGCACGGCAGACCUCAUCCCGCUGUGCCACCCGCUGGCGCUGGACGUG